CAUACUGUAUCCAACUCGGGGAGUAAUGGCAUGAGUACCGCUUUAUACUGUUUAGACAAGCUUUACAGUGCGCGCGUCGGAAAACUAAUAUUCGACUCUCUCUGCAUCCACGUCAGUCACAAGUUAAACCUGCAGGCACCGAGAGGCGAGGCGGAGAACAGUCGAACAAACUGUAAACUUAGUCAAAAGCGACUAAAGUCCCCAAACUCGCAGGCUGAAGAGGCUUCAAACGCAAACGACUCAUCCUUUCUGGCUGUGUCAGGGAAGGAUACGCCGCUGGACAUGUGAAUUUAAAGGAGAUAAUUUCCAAGCACAAAAAUGAAACCAACGACUGCCCCGUGCUGCUUCGGCUUGCUCCUGACCUGCCUCUUGUUUGGGUCGAGCUCUUCCCAAUCAGUAUGUGCUGGCACAGAGAACAAGUUGAGCACACUUUCAGACCUGGAGCAGCAGUACCGCACCCUGAGGAAAUACUACGAGAACUGUGAAGUCGUAAUGGGCAACCUUGAGAUCACGAGCAUCGACCGCAGUCGGGACCUCACCUUCCUCAGAUCUAUCCGGGAAGUGACAGGCUAUGUGUUGGUGGCCCUGAACCAGUUUGACUACCUGCCUUUGGAGAACUUGAGGAUCAUCCGAGGAACCAAGCUGUACGAGGACCGCUACUCCCUCGCCAUCUUCCUCAACUACAGACGGGAUGGAAACUCCGGCCUGCGCCAGCUGGGUCUGAAAAACCUCACAGAGAUCCUGAGCGGAGGUGUUUAUGUCGACCAAAACAAGUUUCUAUGUCAUGCAGACACAAUCCACUGGCAAGACAUUGUCAAAAACCCACGUAUCCAUCCUGUGGUGGUGCCCACCAACAGCAGCGUUACAUGUCAAAAGUGCCAUCGUUCCUGUAAUGGUCGUUGCUGGGGACCCAAGGAGGACCAGUGUCAAAGCUUAACUAAGACAGUGUGUGCCGAGCAGUGUGACGGCCGUUGCUUCGGUCCCUAUGUUAGUGACUGCUGCCAUCGUGAGUGUGCAGGUGGCUGCUAUGGACCAAAGGAUACAGACUGCUUUGCCUGCACCAACUUCAAUGACAGUGGGGCAUGUGUGACCCAGUGCCCCCAGCCAUUUGUCUAUAACCCUACCACCUUCCAACUGGAACACAACCCCAGGGCAAAGUACACCUAUGGAGCCUUCUGUGUCAAGAAGUGUCCACAUAACUUUGUGGUGGACCAUAGCUCCUGCGUAAGAGCAUGCCCCAGUAACAAGAUGGAGGUGGAGGAGAAUCGCAUUAAGCUGUGCAUUCCUUGUACCGACAUCUGCCCGAAAGCAUGCGAUGGCAUUGGUACAGCCAGCCUACAGACUGCUCAGACAGUGGACUCGAGCAACAUUGACAAGUUUGUCAACUGCACAAAAAUCAAUGGCAACCUGGUGUUCCUUAUUACUGGAAUCAAAGGGGAUGUCUAUCACAAUAUUGAAGCUUUGGACCCAGAAAAACUCAAUGUAUUCCGCACCGUUCGGGAGAUCACAGGCUUUCUGAACAUCCAGUCUUGGCCUGACAACAUGACAGACUUGAGUGUUUUCUCCAACCUGGCAACUAUUGGGGGAAGAGCGCUGUACAGCGGGAUCUCCCUGCUGGUGUUAAAGCAGCAGGGCAUCUCAUCACUGCAGCUUCAGUCUCUACGAGAGAUCAGCGCUGGCAAUGUCCACAUCGCAGAGAACAGCCAGCUUUGCUACUACAGCACCGUCAACUGGACAAGACUGUUCCGCGCUGCAAACCAGAAGGUUCUGGUCCGCAACAACCGAAGCCCGCAGGAGUGCUCCAGGGAGCACAUGGUGUGUGACCCACUGUGUUCAGACGCAGGAUGUUGGGGUCCUGGCCCGGACCAGUGCCUCUCCUGCAGAUACUUCAGCCGUGGACGAACCUGUGUGGAUACCUGCAACCUUUAUGAAGGGGAUAUCCGAGAGUAUGCCAACGGGUCAGUGUGUGUGGAGUGUGAUGCCCAGUGCGAGCGAGCUGACGAUGACUCUUUGACCUGCCACGGUCCGGGCCCAGAGCAUUGUGUGAAAUGCCUUCAUUUCAAGGAUGGUCCAAAUUGUGUGGAAAAGUGUCCCGAUGGCCUUCAAGGUGCCAACAGCUUCAUCUUCAAAUAUGCUGAAGCCAACAAUGAAUGCCAUCCCUGCCAUAUCAACUGCACCCAGGGGUGCAUUGGACCAAGACUGCAAGACUGUAUUGGCUGGAUGGACAGAACCCCUCUGAUUGCUGCAGGGGUGAUCGGUGGCCUUUUUAUGGUGGUGAUCAUGGUGCUGAGCGUAGCAGUGUCGGUGCGCCGGAAGAACAUAAAGAAGAAGAGAGCUCUUCGUCGCUUCCUGGAGACAGAGCUGGUGGAACCUUUAACACCCAGCGGAACAGCACCAAACCAAGCCCAGCUCCGCAUCCUGAAGGAGACAGAACUCAAAAGGGUCAAGAUCCUCGGCUCUGGGGCUUUUGGGACUGUUUACAAGGGUAUUUGGGUCCCGGAGGGUGAAACUGUGAAGAUUCCGGUAGCCAUUAAAAUCCUAAAUGAGGCCACCGGACCCAAGGCUAAUGUGGAGUUCAUGGAUGAGGCCCUGAUCAUGGCUAGCAUGGAGCACCCCCACCUGGUCCGCUUGCUGGGUGUCUGCCUGAGUCCCACCAUCCAGCUGGUCACACAACUGAUGCCUCUCGGGUGCCUGCUCGACUAUGUCCAUGAGCACAAGGAUAACAUUGGAUCCCAGCUGUUACUCAAUUGGUGUGUCCAGAUUGCCAAGGGGAUGAUGUAUCUGGAGGAGCGUAGGCUGGUCCACAGGGAUCUAGCAGCCCGAAAUGUCCUGGUCAAAUCUCCCAACCACAUCAAGAUCACCGACUUUGGCCUAGCUCGCCUGCUGGAUGUUAAUGAGAAGGAAUAUAAUGCUGAUGGAGGAAAGAUGCCCAUCAAGUGGAUGGCCUUGGAAUGUAUCCAUUACAGGAAGUUUACACAUCAGAGUGAUGUUUGGAGUUAUGGGGUAACCAUCUGGGAGCUGAUGACCUUUGGAGGGAAGCCAUAUGAUGGGAUUUCCACCAGAGAUAUCCCAGACCUGCUAGAGAAAGGAGAGCGUCUUCCGCAGCCGCCCAUCUGCACCAUCGAUGUCUACAUGGUCAUGGUCAAAUGCUGGAUGAUUGAUGCAGACAGUCGACCCAAGUUCAAGGAGCUGGCUGCAGAGUUCACUCGAAUGGCUCGUGAUCCCCAGAGAUACCUAGUCAUCCAGGGUGACGAUCGCAUGAAGCUGCCCAGCCCCAACAACAGCAAGUUCUUCCAGAGCCUCUUGGAUGAGGAGGAGCUGGAGGACCUGAUGGACGCUGAGGAGUAUCUGGUCCCCCACUCCUUCAACAUUCCACCACUGGCAUACACUCCCCGCCCACGCAUGGACUCCAGCAAGAACCAGUUUGGCUACCAGGACCCCAGUUUCGGCAUGGAAGACAUGCUGGCCACCCUCCCCAGAGUCUCUGUUCCACCAGUGUCUGCAAGCUGCCUCACUCCGCAGGACCUGGCCUCAGGGGGGCAAAUUGGUGGCGUAUUUGGCCGUGGCAGCCAGGAUGACCCCCGCUGCAAUGGCACCCUGAGGAAGCAGGUCUCCCCAAGGUCAAACACCCUUGGGGCUGGCUCAGGUCUCACUACAGGACAAGCUUCCCAAGUUGGAGGGGAGGACAGUAGUGGACAGCGUUACAGUGCCGAUCCAACCGGUCUUUUAACAGAACGAGGAACAAAAGGAGACAAAGACCAGGAUGGCUACAUGAGUGCCAUGAGAGACAAGAACAACUCAGACUAUCUCAACCCUGUAGAGGAGAACCCCUUCGUCACGCGUCGGAGGAAUGGUGAUGCACAUGCAGUGAUUGAUGGAGCAGGUUGCCACACCCUGCACAUGGCUGGAGCUGCUGCUGCCCUCAAAAGCCAGUCCACCCACAGGGACGAUGAGUAUGUCAACGAGCCACUGUACCUGAACACCUUCCUUAACCUGGGGACAAAAACGGAUUGGCUGGCGCACAGCACCAUCAUGUUUGAUAAGAAAGGCAAGAAGGCCACUUUUGACAAUCCUGAAUACUGGCAGCACAGUCUCCCCCCAAAGUCCUCACUGCACAAUCCUGAGUACCUGCAGGACUGCAGCACACGUUUUUUCUACCGGCAGAAUGGACGAAUUCGCCCUGCUGUGGCCGAAAACCAGGAAUAUUUGUCCGAGGCUGCUAUGAAAGCCGGCAAUGUGUUGCCACCCCCUCCGUACAGGCAGAGGAACACUGUAGUGUAG